AAUGACAGCAACCAAAUGUCAUAAUUACGCAAUUUGUAAAAAUUGAAGAUGUUUCAUGAUUUUAAAUGGUUCUAAACUAGUAUCGUAAAAUUUGUUUUGAAAAAGACAAUUUUCUCCGAUUUCUUUACUUUCAAUAGGAGGACUUGUUUUUUUUUUCGAUCAAAGGGACAUCCCUGAUUUGAACAGUGUGGAUUAGAAAUAUGUCUAAAGGAACUUUUGGCAAAUUUGGGCCAUUAAUUGGAGUAGUAUUUAUAAAUAACACGCAUUGCCGGUUUCUUAUUUAUUCAACUAAAAAUGCAGAACUUCUUACCUUUCAUGAAAUAAAGAUACGUCAAAUAGUUCAUAACGCAGGUUGGCUAGAAUAUGAUCCGACUGAGAUAUGGAAAAGUACACAAGAAUGUAUUGAGACGGCAUAUAAAAAUUUAAUUAUAUUGCAAAUUAAUCCACAUGAUAUAAUGGCGGUGGGAAUUUGCACACAACGCGGAACCACGCUUUUGUGGGAUAAAGUCACUGGGAAUGCACUUUAUAAUGCAAUUGGAUGGAAUGAUUGCAGAUCAGAAACUGUUCUGAAAACGGUGCUUAAAACUGUCAAACAUAAUGUUGAUUAUUUACGCUGUAGAUCAGGUCUUCCGAUUAGUACAUGUUUUAGUGCUUUGAAGGUUAAAUGGCUUCAAGAAAAUAUUCCUGCAGUAGCUGAUGCAAUUAAAAACGAAAGCUGUUUAUUUGGUACUUUAGAUACGUGGAUUUUGUGGAAUUUAACAGGAUCUGUUGACUGUGGUAUUCAUGCAACCGACGUUACUAAUGCCAGCUACACAUUGUUAAUGAAUAUAAGGUCUUUAACAUGGGAUUCAAGGUUAUGUAAAUUUUUUCGUAUUCCUACUGCUAUAUUACCCACAAUAAAUUCAAAUGCAGAGAUAUACGGUAUUAUAAUAGGAGGGUCUUUAAAUGGAUUACCCAUAAGUUGCGUUAUUGGUGAUCAACCAGCUGCAAUGCUAGGGCAUCUGUCUAAAGACGUUGGUCAAAAUAUUUGCUCUAUAGAUGAUAGUUGUUUUGUAUUACUUAAUACAGGUCGCGAGCUUGUAGAAUCAGAUAAUGGUUUACUUUCAACAGUUGCACAUAAACUUGGUCCAAAUGCAAAUACUUGCUAUGCAUUGGAAGGUGCUAUAUCAAAUGCAGGAUCAACUGUGUCGUGGUUAAAAGAAAGUUUAAAAAUAAAUACUGAAAUAAAUUCAAAUGAUAAUGUAGUUGAGGUACUAAAUACUUACCUUGGUGAAAAUUCUAUGAUAUCAUCAUCAUGUUCGUCAAAUAUGUUAAAUACUGAUUGUGGAUUAGCGUCGAAACGUUCUGAAAUAACAUUUGUACCUGCAUUUAAUGGGCUAUAUUCCCCAUAUUGGCGUUAUGAUUCAAGAGGAAUAAUGUUGGGAUUAACUAGUCAAACAACCGCACAAAAUGUCACACAAGCUGCAUACGAAGCAACUGGUUUUCAAAUAUAUGAAAUAUUAAAAGCUUUUAAGAGUGAUACAAAAAAUUGGGAUCAAUCGAAAAUUAAUAGCCGACUUGUUUUUGGUGGAGAUUUUGCUGAAAACAAUUCAUUUGUUCAAUUUAUAUCUGAUAUUGUUGGACGCCUUCUGGAACGACCACAAACAACAUCGCCGUGUGGCUUAGGCGCGAUGAUAGCAGCAGGAAUAACAAUGAAUAUUGUAACUUUAAGAUUCGCUGAUACUAUGUAUAGACCACCUGCCGAUAUAUUUACUCCGACAACUACUAUGAAUAGACGAGAAUUACUUUAUAAACGGUGGGAGUAUGCUGUGAAAAAGUGUUUAAAUUGGAAUAACUAUGAAACCUAUGAAUCUGACAUAGAACUAUUUGCACAACGAGAGCGAGAUCCAACUUUAUAUAUAAGACGAUCACUUCCAGGGAGCCUUUUUCUUACAAGCACUUUUGUACUGUUAAUAGUUGCAAACUUUUUACAUGGAAAAUAGUUAAAUUUUUAUAUAGUAAAUAUAAAUAAUAACAUGCAACCACUAGUCAAUGUGCU